AUGGACGCGUCUGCCGGCGGCGGCGGCAACUCCCUGCCGACCACUGGUGCGGACGGGUCGAAGCGCCGCGUCUGCUACUUCUACGACGCGGAGGUGGGCAACUACUACUACGGGCAGGGCCACCCGAUGAAGCCGCACCGCAUCCGCAUGACCCACGCGCUGCUCGGCCGCUACGGCCUCCUCGACCAGAUGCAAGUGCUCCGCCCUCACCCUGCCCGCGACCGCGACCUCUGCCGCUUCCACGCCGACGACUACGUCGCCUUCCUCCGCUCCGUCACCCCCGAGACGCAACAGGACCAGAUCCGCGCGCUCAAGCGCUUCAACGUCGGCGAGGACUGCCCCGUCUUCGACGGUCUCUACAGUUUCUGCCAGACCUACGCGGGGGGCUCCGUUGGCGGCGCCGUCAAGCUCAACCACGGCCAUGACAUCGCCAUCAACUGGGCCGGCGGACUCCACCACGCCAAGAAGUGCGAGGCCUCCGGGUUCUGCUAUGUUAAUGACAUCGUCCUCGCCAUCCUCGAGCUACUCAAGUACCACCAGCGCGUUCUGUACGUGGAUAUUGAUAUCCACCACGGGGACGGCGUGGAGGAGGCUUUUUACACCACAGACCGGGUGAUGACGGUCUCAUUCCACAAGUUUGGGGAUUAUUUCCCUGGGACAGGGGACAUUGGUGAUGUUGGGCACUCAAAGGGUAAAUAUUACUCCCUGAAUGUUCCGCUGGACGAUGGUAUUGAUGAUGAGAGCUACCAGUCGUUGUUCAAGCCAAUAAUGGGCAAGGUGAUGGAGGUCUUCAACCCUGGUGCAGUUGUGCUCCAGUGUGGUGCAGAUUCAUUGUCGGGUGACAGAUUGGGCUGUUUCAACCUCUCUAUUAAGGGUCACGCAGAAUGUGUAAGAUUUAUGAGGUCCUUCAACGUCCCGCUGUUGCUGCUUGGUGGCGGUGGGUAUACCAUAAGGAACGUUGCACGGUGUUGGUGCUAUGAGACAGGAGUUGCCCUUGGUCAUGAGCUCACUGACAAGAUGCCACCUAAUGAGUACUAUGAGUAUUUUGGUCCAGAUUACACUCUACAUGUCGCUCCAAGUAACAUGGAGAAUAAAAACACACGGCAUCAAUUGGAUGAUAUAAAAUCAAAACUUCUAGAUAAUCUUUCAAAACUCCGACAUGCUCCUAGUGUUCAAUUUCAAGAGCGACCUCCUGAGGCUGAGUUACCUGAGCAAGAUGAAGACAAAGAGAAUCCUGAUGAAAGACGUGAUGCUGAUUCUGAUGUGGAAAUGAAUGAUGCCAAGCCUUUGGACGACUCUGGGAGGAGGGGCGGUAUACAGAAUUUAAGGAUGAAGAAAGAAUCUGCUGAGACAGAGGCAAUUGAUCAGGAUGUCAAUAGUGUAGCUGCAGAACAUUCUAGAGGUAUUGGACCUGUGGCUGAUGGAGUUGGUCCCUGGAAACAAACCUUUCCGAAUGACACUAGUCCGAUGGCCAUAGAUGAACCAAACGCUCUGAAAGUUGAGCAAGAGAGUCCAAACAAAUUGCAGGACCAACCAACGAUGCACCAGAAGCCAUGA